AUGAUCCUCUCUUCACACACGGGUUACAUGAAAAUGGGAAACAAUCGAACUCCACAAGCUGAAAUCGCCCAAAUCCUCGUUGAAUUUCUUGAAGUUGCCAUUACCUCUGUCAUUUUCCUCAAAGGAAUCUAUCCGAACGCGGCCUUCGAGAGGCGGCGGUACAUGAACGUGGUGGUUCAUAAAGCCGUACACCCUCAGCUUGAUCAAUAUAUCCAUACAGCUCUUCAUGGGCUCCUCCCUUUUAUCCAAAAGGGAUUGGUGGAAAGGGUCGUCGUGAUAUUCUUCGACGACGGUAAUGUGCCGGUCGAGAGAUUUGUUUUCAAGAUUGAUGUGAACCAGUCUUAUAAUUCUAUGGUGGAGCAAGCUGAUUUAGAGUUCUCUCUUAGGUCAUUUUUGGUUAAACUCCCUGUUUCAGAGCCUCUAACUAAGGCUCUUCCCCACAAUUCGAGGUGGGAAAUAACGGGUUACUUUCGUUCUCUGCCCGAGGCUAGUAGCAUUAGCAAAAAUGCGGGGAUGUGGGUCCCGACAGAUACAAAGCAGUGGCAACAACCAUCUCAGAUAAUUCCUAUCAAGUCCAUGAGCAGUGACCCUCUAGGCUUGCAGCUGUAUUUGGAGCACCCAAACCCAUCCGAGCCAAUGAAUAAUAAUACUAGGUUUGUUUGA